GCUACGCCAGACAUCACGGGUCUGUGUGUAGUGGCGGCCCGGUUGUCCUCAGCCGCAUUGCCCGGCGAGGGUGGCGCGGCGUUCGCGGGUCGGGCGGCCAGCGACCGAGACGAUCCGCGGCGGACGAUCGGUGGCAGAGUCGCCGCUUCCGCUCCGCCGCUUCUCCGGCUGCCGGCGACGCGGGCCCGUGGCUUCCUCCUCGUCGGCCCAGCACACCCCUCGGGCCCCGGGGCUGCAGCUCUCCAGAAGCGGGCGAGAGGCCCCGGUCCGCGCGCCCGCUGCCCUAUGUGAAGCGGAUUGGGCCUGCUCGCCGGCCCGGGCCCGGUUUCUGCUGCGGCCCUUCGGGCCUCGGGGACCCCGCGAGGCGCCGUUCCUGGGGGGCGCGGUGACAGGCCGUGCGGGGGCGGAGGGGCCAGCUCGGUGGCCUCCUCUCGGCCCUCGGCUCCGCGAUCCCCUCCCAGCGGCGGCAAUAAAGAAUGUUGAUGGGAGAACCAUUUUCCUAAUUUUCAAAUUAUUGAGCUGGUCGCCAUAAUGGAUGAUCAGCAAGCUUUGAAUUCAAUCAUGCAAGAUUUGGCUGUCCUUCACAAGGCUAGUCGGCCAGCAUUAUCUUUACAGGAAACCAGAAAAGCAAAACCUUCAUCACCAAAAAAACAGAAUGAUGUCCGUGUCAAAUUUGAACAUAGAGGAGAAAAAAGAAUCCUGCAGGUUACCAGACCAGUUAAACUAGAAGAUCUGAGGUCUAAGUCUAAAAUAGCCUUUGGGCAGUCUAUGGACCUACACUACACCAACAAUGAGUUGGUAAUUCCGUUAACUACCCAAGAUGACUUGGACAAAGCUGUGGAACUGCUGGAUCGCAGUAUUCACAUGAAGAGCCUCAAGAUAUUACUUGUAUUAAAUGGAAGUACACAGGCUACUAAUUCAGAACCAUCGCUAUCACCAGAAGAUUUGACUAAUACACCACUUGGUGCAGAGAGGAAAAAGCGGCUAUCUGUAGUAGGUCCCACUAAUAGAGAUAGAAGUUCCCCUCCCCCUGGAUACAUUCCAGAUGAACUCCACCAGAUUGCCCGGAAUGGGUCAUUCACUAGCAUCAACAGUGAAGGAGAGUUCAUUCCAGAAAGCAUGGACCAAAUGCUGGAUCCAUUGUCUUUAAGCAGCCCUGAAAACUCUGGCUCAGGAAGCUGUCCAUCACUUGAUAGUCCUUUGGAUGGAGAAAGCUAUCCAAAAUCACGGAUGCCUAGAGCACAGAGCUACCCAGAUAAUCAUCAGGAGUUUUCAGACUAUGAUAACCCUAUUUUUGAGAAAUUUGGAAAAGGAGGAACAUAUCCAAGAAGGUAUCAUGUUUCGUAUCAUCAUCAAGAGUAUAAUGAUGGUCGUAAGACUUUUCCAAGAGCUAGAAGGAACCAGGGCACCAACUUCCGGUCUCCUGUGAGUUUCAGUCCCACUGAUCACUCCUUAAGCACCAGUAGUGGAAGCAGUAUCUUUACCCCAGAGUAUGAUGACAGUCGAAUAAGAAGAAGGGGAAGUGACAUAGACAACCCUACUUUGACUGUCACAGACAUCAGCCCACCCAGCCGGUCACCUCGAGCUCCAACCAACUGGAGAUUGGGCAAACUGCUUGGCCAAGGAGCCUUUGGUAGGGUCUACCUCUGUUACGAUGUUGAUACUGGAAGAGAGCUGGCUGUUAAACAAGUUCAGUUUAACCCUGACAGUCCAGAGACCAGCAAGGAAGUAAAUGCACUUGAGUGUGAAAUUCAGUUGUUGAAAAACUUGCUGCACGAGCGAAUUGUUCAGUAUUAUGGCUGUUUGAGGGAUCCUCAGGAGAAAACACUCUCCAUCUUUAUGGAGUAUAUGCCAGGGGGUUCAAUUAAGGACCAACUAAAAGCAUAUGGAGCUCUUACUGAGAAUGUGACUAGGAAAUAUACCCGUCAGAUUCUGGAGGGGGUCCAUUAUUUGCAUAGUAAUAUGAUUGUCCAUAGAGACAUCAAAGGAGCAAAUAUCUUAAGGGAUUCCACAGGCAAUAUCAAAUUAGGAGACUUCGGGGCUAGCAAACGGCUUCAGACCAUCUGUCUGUCAGGAACAGGAAUGAAGUCGGUCACAGGCACACCAUACUGGAUGAGUCCUGAGGUCAUUAGUGGAGAAGGCUAUGGCAGAAAAGCAGAUAUCUGGAGUGUAGCAUGUACUGUGGUAGAAAUGCUAACUGAAAAGCCACCCUGGGCUGAAUUUGAAGCAAUGGCUGCCAUCUUCAAGAUUGCCACUCAGCCAACAAACCCAAAGCUGCCACCUCAUGUCUCAGACUAUACGCGAGACUUCCUCAAACGGAUUUUUGUAGAGGCCAAACUGCGACCUUCAGCCGAGGAGCUCUUGCGGCACAUGUUUGUGCAUUAUCACUAGCAGCCGGCAGCUUCUGUGCCUCCACCAGCUCCGUCUUCGAGUUCACCUUCUCUCUCACUGCACUUUCCUUUUUUAUAAAAAAGAGAGAUGGGGAGAAAAAGACAAGAGGGAAAACAUUUCUCUUGAUUCUUGGUUAAAUUUGUUUAAUAAUAAUAGUAAACUAAAUUUUUUAUAUUUAAUCUUUACUUUACAAGAACUUGAAACUUCUUUUUUUUAAGAUUUUUAUAAUGUACUGAUGUGGUCCAGAGAUAUAAAGCACUUUAGUACAUAGUCUCUUUUUAGUACAAACAAAUCAUUUGGAAUAUAUAAAGAUUGUUGUAGUCUUGACCUGUAUCACUGACGUGAAAGACAAAGAGAAGAAAGUGAUGUACAAUUUGUAGUUCUUAGUGAUAGUAUUUAAAUAGACCCUUAUUUGUGGGCUUGAGCUCUAAACGUGAGUUUAGGGUAGGUACUCAACUUAAAGAAUAUAGGUUUCUUCUUAUAUCUGUAUUCUUUAGAUCCUAACCUCUAUCUAUCAAGCUUUUUUGCUCAGUAGGAAUCUUGAAUAGAAAAUACCAAUCUCUAAGAGGUAUGUUUGUUAAUCCUAAUCAGUAUAAUAGGCAAAUACACUAUAGUAGGUCCAUACUGGAAUCUAUAGAUCUUGAGAGAUAGCUUUCUGCUAAAAAACAUUGUUGUAUUUGAAAGCCAAUGAAUAAAUUCAUUUAAAACACAGACGACUGCUCAUUAAAUAUAGGAGCAGUGGAAGAGACCACAGUUGCCGGUCAGUAGAAAUAAGGAAAAAAAAGGACCAAGUGUUAGUAUAUUUUAAACAUUAUUUACUUGAGGAAAGUCCCAAAGUGAAGGGAACUGAGAAAUAAUAAAAAUUCUGUUUCUAUAAUAUCUUCCUAUUUCUAGUCCUUGGUUUCCCAUAGGUAACAGUCUUUAACUCAAGUACCCAUGUUUCAAAGCUCCUGUCAUGAAAUAAAACCCUUGUUCUUGGGGUCAUAGAGUACUAAGCCAGAGGCUCCUCUGAAGAGUAAACACCUGUAAGACAAUAAGGUCAGUGGUGGGGAGUCAUUUCACUUCUCUUGGCAUUUGACAUUGCCUGGAGACACUCUGUUGCCAUAACUGGCAAGGUACUACUAGCAUGUAGUGGGCAGGGGCUGGGGGUGCCGCUAAGUAGACUGCAGUGCACAAGGACUCCCUGCCCAGGAGUCAUCCUGCCACAGAUGGCAGAAGUGCCUAGGAUAAAAGCCCCGUUAAAAAAUGAAAGCAGCCGUUUACAAAGCAGGAAAAACAGAUUUCAGAGGAAAGAUGCAGAGCAGAUGAGGGUUUCAUAAGAGCAGAUGACAGUUAGUCAGGGGUGAACAAUCUCAGCACAGCCGAUAACGUUCAGUCCUUUGACAGCUGCUGGCUGCACUUGCAUCACUAACUCUCACUGUAGAGAUAAUUUGAGUAUUCAGCCUUUUAAAUAUAGCAUCACUGUAUUUUUUAAAAUUUCUUUAUGAGCUUAUUUUAUAUUACACAUUCAGAGGGUAUGCAGAUGACAAAUUCUUUAAAAAUCUUUUUUUAAGAUUUAUUUAUUUAUUAUAUAGAAAAUGUUCCAUCUGCAUAUACACCUGCACGCCAAAAGAGGGCACCAAAUUGCAUUAUAGAUGGUUGUGAGCCUUUCCACUCUUCAGCAGAAUAGUAAGAACUCUAGAAUUAAGACAUUUUAUAACAAAUACUGAAUGUCCUUUCAUAAACCUAAGAAUAGGCAGUAGAAAUUAAAUACAUUGUAUAAUAUAUACUAUAAACAUAAUAUCAGGAAUAAUAAAAUAAUCUUCAGGUAUUUUAGACGUAUACUUCCAUGAUCUUUGAUGUUGCGUCUGAACCCAGCAGCAGUUUGUGUUGCCUUCUUUUAAUGGGGUCUUGAGGGAGAAAAAUUCUCUUUAGAAUCAUGAUGAAAAGCCCUAGAAGGUCAAAGUGUUUGAUGCCCAGAGCUUUAUUCAAUUCUCCCUGAAGUUUGAGCUCAUUUUGUUUCCUUUUAAUAAGCUGAUAUUGGAAUUUUGAUGCCUCCAAUUUGAGUUGGCUGUUUUCAUCUUCAGUUUCACAAAAUGCUUAAUUUUUUGGCUUUAGAUUCUGACAACCCAGUAGCUCUGCAUACAAGUCUCUCAUUUUAUUUAGCUGUUCUUGAGUUGCACCAUGUUCAUUCAGCAAUGCCUGCUUCUUUGCUUCAAACACAUCUAGUUGUUGCUGAAAAAGUUUAGUUUUGUUAUUUAGCUCUUCAUAAAGGAGAUGCCAUUUUAUCAUUUUCCAUGUUUAAUUCUGCCAGUGCAUUUUCUUUCUCUGCUUUUCUUGCUUCUUCCUCUUCGAGUUGCUGAGUUCCUCUUCAUCUUGCUGAGUUGAUUUUGCAAGUCAGUUAUUUUCUCAAGAAAUGAAGAUGUGAUUUCUUUAAUUUCUGUUUCGGUGUUGAUCUGCUCUACAAAUUUAGAAGCAUCCUUGCAUAUUCUUGAUUCUCAGUUAUCAUCAUCUGUUGUUGAACAUCUACACUCUCUUCAGACAUGGCUACUUUUUCCUGUAGAAUCAAGUUCUCCAGCUUAUGAUCUUCUAUUUAUUUCUUUAAAGUCUCAGCAGUUCCUCUAGCCAGUUCAGCUGCUCUGCUGUUGACUUCGUUUCUCUUCAGCUGUUUAACCAGCCUCUGGUUCUGCUCUUCUUUCUGUGUACCACACCCAUCUUGUCCUCAGCAAGCCUUAAUUUGUCUCCAAAGACAUUCUUCUCCAAAUCAUUUCUGCUUGAAAAGAGUAGAGCUGCCGCUGAAGACUGGUGGACAGUUCCUUCUCUUGCUGCGGAAGUGACUGGAUUUGCAAUUCUUUUUGUUGCAGCUUUUCUUAUGCUUGUUUUUCCAGAACCAGCUUCUCUGUUACAAUCUGUAUCUAAGCACUGAGACUUUGAGCCCUUUCUCUGUUCUUGUUGACAAGAUCAUCUCCUUCUGUCUCAAGCAGCUGACAUUUAAUAGUCAGGCCUUCUAUUUGCUUAGAAAAUGUAAUGUUUUCCUCAAGAGACUGCUUAAGACUUAAAAUCUCAAGAUCCUUCUCUUUCAAAUCUAACUGGGCAAUAUUAAGUUCGUAUUUUUCCACUUGCUCAGCUGCACAGCUAAUUUCUUCGAUGUAUUUUCUGUUUCAGAUUUUUCAUCAAUCUUUUCUCUGGGGAAACAAAUUUUUUGCGCCAGUUGUUCUGCUUCUCCCUGAGACUCUGUAAGGUCCCUCCCAGUGGCCUGUGGCUUCAGCUCGAUGUUGUUGUGUUUAACCAUCAGACUUCUCAUCCUUGUUUCUCUUUUAUUUCUUAGGCUUAGAGUUCUCAUCUUCUUAUAGUGACCAUCGUCAGAAAACUCACAUUUUAGUAGCUCUUUCACUCUGGUUAGUACAAUAAACCUUUUUUCCAGGGAAGCAUUACUUGCAGAGAGAGAUGUUUUGUCUCUGACUGAUUCAUUUAGCUUUGCUUUAUCUUCUCCAACUCAGAUUCCAUAUCCUGGACCCGUUUGUCCUGAGCAUCUCGCUCUUGCAAAAUAGCGCGAAUCUCUUUUUGUAAUCUCUUCAAAUCUUUAUUAUUCUUUUGAGGCUCCUGCUUUGACACUAAAUUCUUUGCUUUUUUAGCUGAAGCAAGCAAGGUAGUAUCUUUUUCAGUGUUAAGAUUUUGUUGAGAUUCUCUCUGGCUUUUAAAUAUUUGUGAUUUCUGAGAAGACACUGGUCCUAUAGACACUUCUGAAGUUUUAACAUUGUAAGCACCUAGAGAUGGAGUACAACCUGAAGGGUCAUUGAAUCUUUUCAGGGACGCCUUAGGAAAGGACAUUCUGACACCUGGGUUCAGACAUGAAAGCAAACAAAUGCCUCAGCAACUGUCUGUAUAUUCUUUUCUUAAAAGUAGUUCAUCCUUCUAGGCCAAGAAAAGUACACCAGAACAAAGUGUUUACUAGCAGUGGAAAAGUUAAAACACUGCCAGGUAUUUCCAGUGUAAACAUUUACUUGGUGCCGUGUCACUAAGUGGAAAGACUGAGCUGCGGAGGACCCUGCUGUUUCUAGAAUUACAAGACUUGAAACAUAUGAAGGUGUCAGUAAUUUGGCUGCUUGCAAAUUUUUCAGCAUAUUAAACCAAGUGCUAAGUACUUUAUUUUCAAAAGCCUGGAAGAUAACAGUCUUCCAGGAGACCCUAAAUGUGAUGCUUUUCAUCAGAAGGGACUAAGUAAGAUAUUCAGAUUUUCUUGUUGUUAUUACAAGGUAUGCUUAGUUAGAUAUUUUGUAAGUACUUUGAUUUUGAAGCUAUUUAGAUCUGGCUUUAAAGUAUCAAGAUCCUACCCAGCAUAGCCUGUAAUAACUUUUGAAAUUCCAGUAGUCUGAGAGUCAGAGCUCAAAAAAUUAGUGAAUGAUUCUCCUGUACACUCUAAAUCAAAUGAAGUCCCUUGCAAAGAGUAAGCAUCAGGUUCCUCCACUGUAGCAAAUCAGUUGCCUGAUUUUAUGCUGGAAACCCAAAUUUUUAUGUGUGUUGUAACUUCUUUCUCUUUUAUGAAGUGAGGACAUCUUUCUACUUGAGCAAGAUCAUGGUACCUGGAUUGCUGGGGUCUUUUGUUUGUUUGUUUUGUGGUUUCUUUGUCUCUAGUGUGGUUGUGAUUUCCCUUUGGCUCAUUUUGGUCCAUCAGGGUAAUGUGCAGCACAGAAGAGAGACAAACACUCUUCAGAAAGAUGCCUGCACACUGGAACUGAAAGCAAAUUGCUAGCUUUUUAGCAGUCUCCUCUUUCUUUUCUAAACUCAGUAGUAAAUAGCCACAUCAGAAUGCAAAAGCUUUAUAAGACAAAUAAAACUAUAAAGACUUAAAAUAGACUAAUAGUUUACAGAGUUAUUAUAUUGACUAUGAUGUGAACUUAUUUCAGACCAGUUGUGAAGGUACCAAAAACAUAAUGAGAGUUACUAUACCUAUUUAAAGUUUAUAUAUAUGUAUGUAUACACACACAAACACACAUACACACACACACAACCUGCUAGAGCAAAAAAGCUUGAAGUAGGUAGGGGUAUGGGACAUGGAAGGCCAAUAGUAAAUUAAAAAAAAGAAAAAUUUGAAAGGAAACAAUGUUGUCAAAGGAAGUAAAAUAUUACACUCCGUUUUUGUUUUUUUUUUUUUUUUUUCUGCUUGAUGGUAUGGAUUAACAGAUGAAGUUUGAAUUUUUUAAAAUGACUAAAUGUAUUUUUUUUAAUGCACAACUGAUUCUUUGGUACUGCAAUGUUUCUUUUGGCUGGAAAAUGGCCAGACUGCUGACUUUGUGCCUUUAAAUGCAUUCUGCAUUGCCAGUAGCAGACUUCCGGUGCUGGGGCAGGUCUACUAGCAGCAUCAGGUGUGCUUUAGGAAGCACCUUCUGCCUGCGGGCCCCGAGAGAUUCAAAGUGGCAUGACAGGAUUGAGUCAAGUGGAAGACCUUUUACAGUGCAAAUAGAAGUAGUUGAAUAAAAGAGUUGAAAAUGUAACUAAUAAAAUUGUUGAUGGAUUGGUAUUUAAAUGUACUGAAGUUAUACAUACUUUGAGGUUUUCAGGAUGAAUAUCUUGAAAAAUUUCAGCACUUUUCCUUGUUUACAAAAAUAUAUUUCUAACUUUAAAAACAUCUAUUAUGACUAUUGCCUUAGAAAGUAUUAAGAGGCACAAUAUACAACAUAUGAGAAGUUAAAUAUUAAUGCACAUGCUGGACUAUAAAAGAUAAAUUAAAACUUAUUUCGGAAUAAAUGGAAUUGGCUUUCAUUUGAGUCUUACCUUAUUCCCAAUAGAAAUUACAUAAAAAGAGUAAAUAUAUAUCUUUAGAGUAGCUUUCUGCUACCAAAUUCUGACAUUGGUCAGGUCUGAUCUGUACUAUUUCUGAAAUAGAGUUAUUAGAAAAUUGUCAAAUCACUAAGAAAAUAAAAUCAAGCCUGAAAAGAUUGGCAGAUGACCCAGCAUGAUGUAGACUACUUGGUUCAUGGCAGAGUUGAUGCCAAUGGUUUCCUUUGGGGUCUGAGAAUCUUUAUAUAAAUUCAGCUGGAGUUGCCCAGAUGUACAAAUUAAUCAGUCUUAUUUAACUUGUGUUUUUGGAGUCAGGUUUCUCACUGUUUCAGGCUGGCCUGGAACUUAAAUACUCCUGCCUCUGCCUCCCAGGUGCAGGGAAAACACACAUGUGCCAUCACACCCAGCUUUGUCCAAUUUUUGAAAAGUAAGGUCAAUCAUUUUCAUUUUCUUACAUAACAGUUGUGAUGUUCUAUGUCACAUUAAAUGAACCAGGAAGUUCUGGUUGAGGAGGAGUAUUGGCAGACAGGUACUUUAUGGCAUACCUUAACUCUGAAAGUUUAGCAGUGGUGUUUAAAAUGCUAGGAGUUUUAUAUGAAUAAACAAGGAAGAAAUUUUGGGUAAUUGUUGGAUAUUAUAGACUCCAAAGAUAUUAACAAGAGGAUUACAGUAAAACUAUCCCCAUAUCCCAGGUUAGACAGUCUCUCUGUCAGAGCCUGCUCUUACUGCACAUCACAGCCCCAGAUUGUUCUGGGACAAUGGAGCAUUUGUUCCUUAGUGCACCAUAUUGGGGUUCUCCCUGGCCCCAACUAUUGUUACUGGUUUUGUAUUAAGGGGCAAGAAACCCCAAAACUUUAUUUUGGUUUUUAGGUGUUGAAAUACAGAGAAUAUUUGAUAGAAGCUGAACUCAUCAAGGUUACUUAUGCUAAGAUCAAAUUGGUAUGAGAUCCUAUUGUUUUAUCAUAUUUGGCAUUUAUAUUAGAUGUGACAUUCAUAUUUAUUUGAUUUUAACACUUCAAUGAAAAGCAGUUUGUUGAUUUUUAGUAGUGCCUUUUUCUCUGUAUGCCUUAAUUUUAUUUUAUAUUUGUAAUUCAAAUUACCUAACAAAAUGAAGAGUUUUUCCAAAAUCACUAGGCAUCGAGUUUAUUUGGCCUUAGUCUGUGUGUUGGACCCUAUGUGUUUCUUAGUGCAUAUUUCCUCCUCCUACUCUUUCUACCUCCUUUUAAAAAAUGUUAGAAGAGAAACAGUAACGUUUAUCUGACUGUAAUCUCUAUUAGAUAUCAUUCCUAAAAUAAAUAUAGAAAGGUAUUCUCAUUCUAAAAUACAUAGUAAAUUGAUUUUGGGGUUGAUUACUUGAUUUUCAGUCAUAUUGGCACUGUCCAAGUUCUUUGUGUUUUAUUUUUUGGUUGUGAUUUUUAUAGAGCUAGGCUAGUUAUUCUGCCCAGAAGAGCUUGUUUAAGUAUUUUACAAAGAUGGAGGCGAUGAGCAAGGAAUCCAGGGACAGCAGAUUCUAAUCCUUGGUGUUUAACAUGUGACUAAUAUUCUAGUUUACUGUUUUGUGAAGUGCAUGCUGUGUGUGUACGUGUGUGUACGUGUGUGUGUGUGUGUGUGUGUGUUUGGAGUUGGGGCAGGGUAGGAAGGUAUGGUUGUUCAGUUAGAUCUGUCUCUGUUCUUGGAAGAACAACUGAAAAAUGUAUGAUCUACUAACGUAGGAUGACAAGAAACAUCCUCAAGUAGGCAUGCCAGUACAUUUUCCCUAAGUAGCUAGUACAAAUGAUUGUUUAAUAAGGGUAUUUAUUGUAAAUUGCCAAGUCCCUAGUUGCUAAAAGUAGAUUAAAAUUCAAUUUGUCUGUUUGUAUGUAUAAUAAUUAGCUUAUAUAUAAUUCAUAAAUAGGAAGUAUUCGAUCUUGGGUAUUUCUUUAUGAAAUUUUUAGAAUAGAAAUUCUGCGAGACAUUAUCUAAACAAGCUUCCUUAGUUUACCAAGUCGUUGAAAGGAAAUAUACCUCUUUUUGGUUAGCUAGGGAAGGCAUGCUGUGAUGCCACUGUUCCUACUUCAUAGUCAUCUUCAGUGCUGCUUUUACUCCCUGUCUGGACAGGAUGCCAUAAGAGCUUAGGAAAUACCAGGAUCAUCCUCCCCAUUCUCACUUUGAGAGCUGGAGAUAAGCUUUCAGGGCAACCCAGACAUUUCUUUUCUCAGAGGUACUAAAGGUGGUCAAGAUUGAGCUUCAGGAAGGCAAGGGAGGAGUCAUAGCUGUAGUAAAGAAAAAAUAAAUUGUAUCCAUUGCCUGUAUACAGUCUCAUUAUUCAUGUUUUUUUGUGUUUGUGUGUUUUAAUAGACAGUCAUAAGGUAUGGUGUUCCUAACAGCAAAGACAUUAGACAAGAGAAUACUCCUGUCCUGCUUGAUGAUGUUUGUUUGUAUUUCAGUCUGUAUUACCAGAAUCACUUUAAACCAAAGCUUUUGUAUUCCCUGAACAUACAGCCAAAAUGAUUAGCCCUGAUAAAUCUGCCCAUAUGUAAGCUAAUAGUAUAUAAAUGAUAGAGCAGAUGCUAGUAGUAUUUGUAUGCCAAUCUGUCUAUCCUUCAAGGAAAAGAACAGGUGCUCAGUGCGUGCAUUAGACACGCAGAGUUUAAUUAAACCAUUGUGGAGCUAUAGACGCUGCAGACCUAAGUUUGUAUGCGUGCCAAUCUUAUUCAUGAAUGUCAUUUGACCACUGAUGGUGUGUAGAUUCGUGUUGCUAUCUGAUGCCUCAGGUUGGUGGCUUAUUUUCUUUCUAGUGUCUUAAUGUUUAUGAGCUUGUGUUUGACUUACAGGACAUUGCAACAAUGCUGUGAAGAAGAGUAGGUUAUGAACUGGUCUGCUUUGUGCCAUAGACAUUUUGGAAUACACAGAAGCAUCUGCUCUCUAUACUUUAAAACUUAGAGAAUUUGCCCCCAACUAAGGAUUUCUGAAUCUUAUAAUGCCAGCUGAGAAAAGUUUGACUAUUCUGAAAAGCACUUUGUGUUCAUUUAUUUGUAUGUUUUAGUUCUUAAAAAAAAAAAAAAAAACCCUGUGUAAUCUGUGGUUUUAGCAUUAGCAUAACUUAGAACAGAAGAUAAGUAAUUAGAUGUUAAAUGCUAUUAGAUGCUUUGACUCCAGAAAAUAUAUGACAUGUUCUCAGAUUCCCAAAGACUUUUUUUCCAAACGUACAGUAAGGAGAGUAGACUAAUGGGAAGCUACAAGCCAGAAAGGCUUAUGGGCAAAAGGAAGUGGGCCAAACCCUUGUGAGUUGAAACCAUAUUGUCUAGGGAUGAGAAUACUUCCUUAAAGACAAAUGGUGUUUUUUUUUUUUUUUUAAAUAAUUAGUAAGUAAAACGUUUACACUUCUUCUAUUGCUGUUGGUUUUAAAUUUUAGCCUGCAUUCUGAACUAUCCUAACAAAGUUAAUACCAAAAAAUACUUUUAAUGUCUGACAUCUCUUAUAUUUCAUGUGGUUGUUUUUACUCAUUGUAAAUAAACUUGGAUAAAUUUGAAAAUAAACUUUUAUCUUGCAAACUAUGAUUAUCAAUUUGUAAAUUUACCCUUUGACUUAAUGUACAUUUAAAGUGUAUCCAUUAAAUUUUCUAUAUUUAAUGUAUUAUUUUCAGCAAAUGUUUUUAAUCUCAGUUGAAUAUUGAGAAGUUUAUAAUUAUGUACAAAUAUUUUUGUUUUCUAUCAAUGUUGACUUUUUUGCACAUUUUUCAAACUUUAAUUUGUACACUGAUUUCUAUGACCAAUAAUUAUUGAGUGUCUGAGAAUUGUGAGUGCGUGCAUUGAACUACUGUCUCUGUGUUUGCACUUCUUCCCAGAUGUAGCCCUCAGUUUCUGCGCUGCUAUGACAGUUAGUGGGAUGACCUUCUUGCUUUUGCAAAGUCACCUGUGUGUGUUCCUGUCUUUGUUGAGGAACUCAGGAGUUCAGUGUUGUAUUCUAAUUUUAUCCUGUAUUCUGAAACAAUUCCUAGGUUGAAAGUAUUCUGUGUGUAUCAAGAGAUACGUGUUUGUAUGGAGAUGACCUUUCUGUGUGUAGACACAUGUAUAUAUCUUAGUAAAUUCUUAUUUUCAUUUCAUUUCCACAGUUUUAAGAACUUUAUGAUAAAUAUAUGUAAAAGCUUUCUGAAAGAUUAUUUACUAUAUAUGUGUAAAUAUAUAUGCACUAUAUUUUCAGCUGGCUGGUCAAAAUUAUUUUUUACAUUUUGGUUUUAACCAUUUAAGCAUUUGUAGUUCCAGAGUUGGAUACAGAUUUUGCUUAGAGUUCAGUUAAAAUUCUAACAACAACUAACAGCCUUUUUUGGAGGUGGGGGGAGAUUGUUAAGCAGUAGCAAAACACAUUGUCCACUAACAUGGCCUUUGACCUCAGAGUUCUUUAAAAAAAUGUGAGAAACUAAAUUGUCUUGAAGACAUCUCGAGACUUAUAUCUCUAGUUACUUUAGACCUGACCAACUGUUGUUUUUUAAUAUAUCCCUUAUUUCCAAAGUUUUCAAGUUUUAAUUUUUCUCUUACUGAGCAAAGUUAUACCAAGUUUAUGAAACAAUGCAUUGCUUAUUGUGACUCUUCACAGUUGACUACCAUUGUGUUAGGAAUCUCCAAAUACACAGUGUGCCAAAUACACGGUGUAUUUAUAUACUCUGUUUUAAGCAACUGGCAGAGUUGGAAAUUAGGUUUUCAAUCUGACAGUGUUACUGUAUUCAAUGGGAUCCUGCCAAACGUAUGUGGUAUUGUAAAGUUGUGUUAGGAAUAAAGUCUACAGUUGAACUUUGACUGUCACUAAGCUUAUUAUGUUGAAAGGAGUCCAUGUGAUUAGGACCUACCAGAAGCCGGACACAGUGCAGUAGGUACUACAUUUCACACAAAUUUGGGUUUGUUGUUCAUUCAAAAUUGUGCUUGUACAAAUGUGUAAAAUUUCUUCAGUUUUAUAAUUUCUAUGUAUUUUUUUCUUGCUGGUAAAUAGCUUUUAAAGUUUUUAAUAUAAAAGAAACCAUGUUUAUAUUUUGUUAGUGAUAAUGACUGUUUAUAUGGCAAUUUGUGAAUUACAGACACAUCUUUCUUAGAUUUGUCAUGCAUGAAGGCCUGCGGUAUUGAGGACAGUGAGACACACUUUUUCUUUCCUGUUCAUCUUUGGACUGAUUGUGUUUCAGAGGUGCUUACUCUCAGUAACCUUCUGGACUAUGGAAUGGGCAUAAUGAAUGGCACUUUGAGUGUUAAUAAAGCUGGUAUUUAUUCCCACUGUGA